AUGUCAAUUCCAAACGAGGCCCUCCAGAAGUUGGCGCGCGAGAUCGAAGGCCAAGCGUUGGCCGCUCAACAACAGAUCGCCAUUGCCCGCACCCAAAUGGCCGGCAAACAGCGAGAGCAGCGUCUAACAAAGCUUACUCUCAGUGAGCUAUCGUCUCUUCCUGAUGACACUGUUGUCUAUGAAGGUGUCGGUAAAAUGUUCUCUUCGCUACCUGUUACCGAUCUACGAAAGAAACUCGACUCCCAAACUAAAGAUAUCGAAAGCGAUGUUGAUAAAUUAAGCAAGCGCUUAAUAUACCUGGAGACAACACACAAGAAUAGCAGAGACCAUAUUGAGCAAAUGCUACGAAAGGGUUGA